UUCGAGUCGAACAUGACCAUUAAUAACGAAGCAGUGGCUGUUAGUGCUAAAUAAAAUUAAAUUUUUAACUAAAAGUGAUUAGCAGUUUGAAUAAAACCCCCUGCUAUAAUGAUAUUUGUUGUAUUACUAAGCGUACUAGUAAUACUUGCUGGAACGAGCAGUCUAGCCAAUAGCAAUGAUAUGCCUCUAAGUCAAUCGAAAACCUAUCAGUCGAACUGGGACUUAUCAGCAAAGUAUCAACCAGACGAAAUAUUUUUUCAAGAUAUGAUGAAAGAUGGUGGAAGUAAAAACAAAUACAAUAUUGACGCGUACGAGAUGAGAUCACCAGAUGCAGACAAUUUUGCAGCUGAAAACUAUGGACCGGGAAAAUACUACGAAAAGGACACAGCCUAUCUGCUAGACAGUGUUAACAAUCGAGAAUUCCAACCACUUCUACCGCCUUUUCGUUCUUCAAAUGGGAAGCUUAGUGUGGGAAACAAGAACUUCGUCCCAAUUUGUCGCACUAUAAGGAAAACCCGAAGAAUCCGAAAUGAUUUGCGAUCCGAAUAUCGACCAGAAACAAUUGACGAAUAUUUAUGUGCUCAUCCAUAUAAGGAUCAGGACGAAACCUAUAACCAACAUGAUAACAAGGUAUGUGGAGUGGCCGGCUUUCACUGUGUUCAAAGGUAUGCAAACAUUCACGUUACUCACAGACCGCCAGAUAGCGACACUUGGUUGUUGGAAACAUUUCGUAUAGCCAAUGGCUGCGAGUGUAUGUGGCCCACAUUAGAGCACGGAGAUAUCGAACGCUAUCACUACAGUAAGGAAAAUAACACAAAAUAUCGUUGCAGACCGAUGUACUCUGAAUACUAGUUUUAUGGUUGUGGGCUUAUCUCUUCACAAUAUGGAUAAUGAUUCAGAUCACUUUAGAUUGACAUUGAUUUUACUGAAAAUAUGAUUGAAAAUCCCCAAUUAAUUUGUAAGAAAAAA